UUAUUUCAGUUUCAUUCUCACACAAUUUCGAGAGCGCACGAAAGAAAUAGAGAGCGAGUGAUUAAUUUCUUCAAUUUUUGUUCCUUACGAUCUCGAUCUCCGAUCUCGAGAUGCAGAAGUUAGGGUUUCCGGCGAUGAAGAGCUUGGAUCAACUCCGAUCGUUGUCUGGAUCGGCGAAGACGCACUCCUUCUCCACUCGUCCGCCUCAGGACUCCUUCUCCUCCGGGAGUUUCUCGAAUUUGAAGCUCACUGCAGAGAAAUUGGUGAAGGAUCAGGCGGCUAUGAGAACAGAUCUAGAACUGGCGAAUUGUAAGCUGAAAAAGUCAAUGGAGCAUGUCUAUGCCUUAGAGGAUAAACUGCAGAACGCUUUUAAUGAGAAUGCUAAGCUCAGAGUUAGGCAAAAGGAAGAUGAGAAGCUUUGGAGAGGAUUGGAGUCUAAGUUCUCUUCAACAAAGGCUCUUUGUGAUCAACUUACUGAGACUCUGCAGCAUUUGGCUUCUCAAGUUCAGGAUGCUGAGAAGGAUAAGAGCUUUUUCGAGAGCAAAUUCAAUACUAGUUCAGAAGCAAUAGACUCUUUAAACCAGCAAAUGGGAGAUAUGUCUUUAACAUUAAAUGCUGCUAAAGAAAACAUCACAAGCAGAGAUAAGGAAUUGGAGGAGCUCAAACUUGAGAAAGAACAGAAAGAAAUGCUUUUUCUAAAUGAACAGUGCAGAACUGCCAGUCUCAUAGAGAAGAAAGAUGAUGUAAUAACAAAGUUGGAAGCAACUGCAGCGGAAAGAAAACUCAACAUUGAAAACUUGAACUCCCAGCUAGAAAACCUACAUCUUGAGUUAACAACAAAAGAACACGAGGUCAAAGACCUUGUCAGUAUCCAAGAGAAGUUGGAGAGAGAAAAGACGAGUGUUCAGCUGAGUGCAGAUAAACUUUUUGAAAAACUAGUCAGCUCAGAGCAGGAGGUUAAGAAGCUAGAUGAAUUUAUCCACUACUUGGUAGCUGAGAUGACUGAAUUGGACAAAAAGAAUUUGACCUUCAUGAAAAAGUUUGAUGAACUAGGUGGCCUAUAUGAUACCCAGUUUAUGUUGCUGCAAAAAGACAGAGAUCUUGCAUCGGAUCGUUCUCAAAGAUUAUUUGAUCAACUCCAGGGCGAGUUAUUUAGUGUAACUGCUCAAAAAGAAACUCUGGAAUCAGCAGGGAAUCAACUAAAUGAAAAAAUAGUUGAGCUCCAGAAUGAUAAGGAGUCAUUAAUAUCUCAACUUUCUGAGGUAAACUGCUCUGCAGGCCAGACCAUUGAUAAACUGGAGUCUGAAGCAAAAGAACUAGUUUUAAAGAAUGCUGAAACAGAAUCAGUGAUUUCGAAGCUGAAAGAGGAGAUAGAAACUUUAUUGGAAAGUUUGAAGACAUCAGAGGAUAAGAAGCAAGAACUGUCAUUAACAAUUUCAUCAUUAGAGAUGGAAAACAAAGAGAAAUACGAGAAACUGCAGGCAGAUGCCCAGAGACAAGUUGAGGAAUUAGAGACCUUGCAUAAAGAGAGUGAGAGCCAUCAGCUGCAGGCGGACUUAUUGGCAAAAGAAGUGAACGAGCUCCAAGCCGUCAUAGAGGAGAAAGGGCGUCUUAUCCACCAGUGCAAUGAAAACGAGAAGAAGUUGAACCAGCAAAUCAUUAAGGGCAAGGAGUCACUGGUAACUGUUGAAACUAAGCUUGUAGAAGCUAAGAAGCAAUAUGAUCUGAUGCUAGAAAGCAAACAGUUGGAAUUAUCAAGGCACUUGAAAGAAUUAUCACAGAGGAACGACCAGGCAAUUAAUGAUAUCAGGAGGAAGUAUGACGUGGAGAAGCAGGAAAUUAUCAAUGCUGAAAAGGAUAAGGUUGAAAAGAUGAUCAAAGAUUUGUCCUCUAAAUAUGAUAAAGAACUCUCAGAUUGCAAAGAAGAAUCAAAGAGGCAACUGCUGACCAUUCAAGAAGAACAUGCUUCUCUGAGUCUCAGUAUCCGGGAAGCACAUGAGAGUGAGGAGCUCAAUCUCAAAGCCAAGUAUGACCAAGAACUGAGACAGAAUCAGAUUCAGGCUGAAAAUGAACUGAAAGAGCGGAUAACAUCUCUCAAGAGUGAGCAUGAUGCUCAGUUGAAAGCAUUCAAGUGUCAGUAUGAAGAUGACUGCAAGAAGCUGCAAGAAGAAUUAGAUCUUCAAAGAAAAAAAGAAGAGAGGCAAAGAGCUUUGGUGCAGCUACAGUGGAAGGUGAUGAGUGACAAUCCACCUGAAGAGCAGGAAGUCAACUCAAACAAGGACUAUUCACUUUCCAAAAAUUCUCGUCUUGGUGGUAGCAAAAGAAGCGAACAUAUAAGAGUUAGGGCAGACAAUAAUGAUGAACAGGACUCUCCUUUUGUAAAGGCAAAAGACACACCUGUUCCAAAAAUAUUGAAGAAUACUCAACAUGUAAACACAGGAAGCGUACUGAGCAUUCCAAAUCCAAAGCAUCACAGCAGGGUAACUCAUCGUGAGUAUGAAGUUGAAACGAAUAAUGGGAGGGUAACCAAACGGAGAAAAACAAGAAAUACAGCCAUUGAGGAGCCACAAAGACGUAGGACUAGGGCUACACCUAAAUUGACCCCUCAAAGUGUGGCCAAGGGCGCGGUAAUGAGGGGUCAUCCUCGCUCUGCAAAUAUUGGAGACUUGUUUUCAGAAGGCUCUCUCAACCCAUAUGCUGAUGAUCCCUAUGCAUUUGAUUGAAGUCUACCACACAAACGACAAUAGAGAAGAAAAACAGUUUCAGAAGAGAGAAGAAUACACAAAAAUGAAAUGAGAAGAGUCGCAACCGUCGCAAGUGAUGAGCGCUGUUAAAGAUGGAUGUGUCGCUGUUAUUUUCGGCGGCUCAACAGCUGCCGUCGCGACUCAACGGAUUCCCUCUGCGACUCAUCUAGAUCUGUAAUUUUGAAGUCCACGGUGUCGUUUAACAUUACAACUACUUUUUUGACACGUCGUUUUAUUUUAUCGCUGCCGCUAUCGCAGCGUUUACUAAAAGAACAUGACCUGUAUCUUGUGAUGUUAAAAAGUUUAA